GUAUAAGAUCUUCAAAGGGAAGAAAUCAUUAAUGAUUUUCUGAAAGAAAGCAGAGAACUUCUGAGUCGCGCUAGUGCUUGCUCCUAAUGCUGGAUGAUCUUCUUCUGGAGGUUGUACUUCACCUUCUUUUCUUUUUUACUUAAAUUUGUGAGUUAAAAAUGCUGAGUUUGAGCACGACUGUAAAAAUAAAUGAACUAGUGUGAAAGGACUGCCCUUCCUCUAUACCUCCUCCUCCUCCUCUGCUGAGAGGAGUCAGAUCUAGGGAUAGGUGGGAGGAGGAGGAGGAGGAGGGGGUAGGAUAUCAGUAAUUCCUCAGGUGGUCGGUUGUGUGGCUGCAGAAAUGGCUGGGAGCUCAGAGAAAGUACCGAUUGCAGCUGCGGGACCAGAGGACCUGCAUCAGUUCAUGCCUCCGGCUUACUCGGCGGUAGCGGUCAAGCCCGCAGCCACCGGCCGCCUCCUGAAGGCCGGGAUUGCGGUGCUCAUAGCUGGAGCUCUCUUGCUGCUGCUGGGAGCCGUUGGGGCUUUCUACUUCUGGAACAACAAUGAAAAACACGUCUACAACGUGCACUACAGCAUGAGCAUCAAUGGCAAAGUGGAGGAGGGUUCAAUGGAGAUCGACACAACCAACAACGUAGAGACAUUCAGCACCAGCAGCGGGGUGGACGAGGCAGUGGAGGUCCAUGACUUUGAGAUUGGAAUAACAGGAAUUCGGUUUUCAGGAGGUGAAAAGUGUUACAUCAAGACCCAGGUGAAAGCUCACCUGCCUGAUGUGAAGGCUCUGAAUAAGGACGCAAUGACAUUUGACCUGGAGGAUGAGGUGAUGCCGGCCAAGUUUGAGGACGAUCUGAUUUGGGUGGCGGCUGAUACGCCCCUGUCUGAUCCCACCUUCCUCAGCAACAAGAUCAAGGACCUGUGUGGAGACCGGCCAAUCUUCUGGCUUCGUCCAACCUACUCAACCAGCGGCCAGAGGAAGAGGAGGGCUGUCCCCCGCCAGCGGCGGCAAGCAGCUGGGGAGGAGGACUAUGAGGAUGUGGAGGCAGAGUUCAACCCAAAGAACCCCUAUCAGCGAGGCCUUGAGGGUGAACAGGGCACCAUGGACAUCGAUCCCAUGAUGGACCACCAGGGUAUCUGCUGCAACGAGUGCCGUCGCAGCUACACCCACUGCCAGAGGAUCUGCGAGCCGCUCGGAGGGUACGAACCAUGGCCGUACCACUACAGAGGCUGCAGGGUGGCCUGCAGAGUUAUCAUGCCCUGCAAAUGGUGGGUGGCACGCAUUUUGGGUCUGGUUUAAGAAGCCCCUACUAACCUGAGAAAUAAUGGAGUCCAGGAGGAAUGGGGUUCAAAGGGAGUGUUGGGAAGAUGAAGGGAAAUGAUGGAAAAGAGGGGGGAGGGGGUAGUUACUUAUUCUCAUCUACUGUAGCAGAUUUGUACCAAAUGAACUGGAGUGGUAGCUGUUGCCACAUAUUACAGAUGCAUAGGAGAGAAUCUGGGGUAGUCAUGAUUUCACAUGUAAAAGUAAGGAAGUGUCUUCUCAAUGCACCACCUUGUUAAAAAAAGCACAUCAUGCUAUCAGGAAACAGGCUACAUAUGGUUAUGAAAUGUUCUCCAUUAUGCCUGAAUUUAAGAAUAUCCUUUUUUUCCAAAAGAAAAUGCAUAAAAAAAGCAGGUAAGCUUGUAUCCAUGGAGCUUAAAACCAGCCUCUUAUGCAUUGUUGACUUUCUGUAAAUAAAUUAUGAGAAUGUCAGAAGCAGUCAGCUGACAAAUAGAAACUGUUCCUCACUUCACUUUUCAUCACUUUGGUGAGGAAUAUUUUUAACUCCUGUAUUAUUUUGUCUCCACGAGUAGCUCUUGUUGAAAAAAAAUGUACAUUUCCUCUCAAAAACUUUCAUCAAAAUUUAUUUUUACCUGCAUAGAAAAAACCUCAAGUGCAAUAUCACCUA